UGACUACACCGUUGAACAAUGUUUAGGCCAAGGGGGUUUUGGCAGCGUUCGUGCUGGCAUGAGGAAGAGAGAUGGGGAACAGGUGGCCAUCAAAUUCGUGAGGAAGACGAAGGUGACAUUCUUGACUGUGCCUGAAAAUGGCACUCGCGUGCCGAAGGAGGUGGCUCUGAUGUUGAGGCUGCCAGCACAUACCAACGUUUGCCAGCUCCUCGACUGGCUUGAUGGCAAGGGCCAAAUCGCCCUCAUCCUGGAGCGCCCUCAGCCGUGCAUUGACCUUGCCGAAUAUUGCCAUCAAAGACGGCCCAGCGAGCAGGAAGCCUCGGCCAUCAUGAGGCAGGUGGUGCUGGCCGCCAAACACUGCCACGACCACGGAGUUCUGCACCGCGACAUCAAACCCCAAAACAUCCUCAUCAACACCGACACCAAGGCCGUCAAACUGAUAGAUUUUGGCUGCGGGGACUUCCUGCGAGAGGGGCCAUAUACGUCUUUCUCUGGCACAUGGGCAUUCAUGCCACCUGAGCUGUUCGUUCAGGGCAGCUAUGGGGCCCAGCAGGCCACCGUCUGGUCCUUAGGUGUCCUCCUCUACUACCUGGUCAAAGGUGUACUGCCAUUCUACUCCGAAGAGGACAUAGUGGAGAAGAAGAUACGGCCACGCCUGCGCAAGCUCUCACCUGAUUGCCGCAACCUCGUUCUCACAUGCCUGAGGAAAGAUCCCGCCGCACGGCCAAGCCUCGACUCCAUCCUGAGGCACAGAUGGCUUGGAGGUGGAGACUAGUCGGCAG